ACCUGGUUUGGGCCCCUUGUUCAUACCAGCACACCCUGAGAUCCUGAAAUCUGAGUCUUCCCAAGAACCAGCACCAACAGGUAGGAACAGCUGGAUCCAGGAGCAGCCUGUUCCCUUCACACUCCCCCACACCACAACGGCUCAGCACUAAUUGGACUGACUGGGAAUUUCCAUUUGUGCUCCAGCACAAUUUGGUUCCUCGUUAGGGAUAUAUCAUCCGUUUGGGUUAAAUCAGCUGCUAACAGAACAAAACAUUCAGUUUAAUGGAAAUCAGUGGUAUAAAAUCCCAGAUUUUGCAGAAAGUGCAUUAAGAGGCAGAACUGGAAGGAAUUCAGCUCCAGCUCUACCAGACAGAAACCGAGUCAGCUCCAGGCAUAUGCUGGAGUGAUGGAGGGAAAGGUGCUAAUGCAACAUGCUUCACGUUGUGCUCCAAAAUAAGAACAGCUCGGCGUGGCAAGCAGGAAGGCACUCAUUUGCUGGCUGUGGAAGAAGGCAUAGAACAGUGUGGCUGAGAAAAAAUCUGCCUCAUUCUUUACUCAUGCGUUUGGACCUUUUGCAGCUGAAGCACUGCAGCCAGAAUGUGCAAACUGUUGUACCCAGGAUGUGAGAUCUCCAUUCCCAGUGCUGGAAGGCUCUGCAGGGCCAUGCUGAGGUGCAGGCUGCCCGAGAGGGCAGGGGUGGUCUGCCUGGACAGCACAGGCUGCUCGGGUCCUGAGAUUUCCCAUGGGACACUGCCGGGGCAGGGAGGCAGCUUGGUGCCCGGAAUCAGUGUCAGCCACUGUUGCAAACAGUUCAGCGGCCCACCCUUCCAAAGAGCCACUGAAAAAUGAGAUGGCACUUAGAAAAAGGUUACAGGGAUGAGUCAGGUAUCUUGGAAAAUCCUGCCCUGCCACGGAAGACUAAAUAAAUUGUGGCUUCACAUCAGAUUAUAAAUCUGAGUUUGGAGUGUUUAGUAACAGAUCAAGAGCAGCUUGAGGGAAGGGAAGGAUGGAUCUGGUACAGAGCCCUUCUGCCUUAAGUAUUUGCACUUUUGUAUUCAUCCUUCAGCAUGAACACUGGUACCUCAGGAAUGUCCUGCCAGUCCAGCUGUCACCUCUCCAUGUAGCCAGGGAUUGCCCGGGGGUGUCUCUCUGUUGUGUCAGCGUUCCCCCUGAGGAAACUCAGGGAAGCUGCUGCGAGAAGCUGCGGUGAGCAGUGGCACUGAGAAGUCACUAGUGAAACGGCUCUUACAAAGGGACAGAGAAACUAAAAGAUGCGUUACUGUGCCUGUACAGACUUCGUUGCUUCGCCUCGGACCGAUGUGACGCUGGGGGAAGGAUCAUGACCGAAGUCCUUCUCUCUGCUGCUCUGAACGGAACUGAACCCAACCUGUUAUCCAGCAGCAGCUGGUCUGCGGGAAACGUCACCACCAAGUGCUCCCUGACCAAAACCGGCUUCCAGUUCUAUUACCUGCCCACCGUCUACAUUUUGGUCUUCAUCACUGGGUUUUUGGGCAACAGCGUGGCUAUCUGGAUGUUUGUCUUCCACAUGAGGCCUUGGAGCGGCAUCUCGGUUUACAUGUUCAACUUGGCACUAGCCGAUUUCUUGUAUGUCUUGACUCUGCCCGCCCUCAUCUUUUACUACUUCAACAAAACAGACUGGAUCUUCGGAGAUAUCAUGUGCAAGCUGCAGAGGUUCAUCUUCCACGUGAACCUGUACGGCAGUAUCCUGUUCCUGACCUGCAUAAGCGUGCACAGGUACACGGGAGUGGUGCACCCCUUGAAGUCGCUAGGGAGGCUGAAGAAGAAGAACGCGAUGUACAUCAGCAGCCUGGUCUGGGUCCUUGUGGUGGCCGUGAUUUCUCCAAUACUCUUCUAUUCGGGAACAGGGAUAAGGAAAAAUAAAACCAUAACGUGCUACGACACCACGGCUGAUGAUUACCUGAGAAGUUACUUCAUUUAUAGCAUGUGCACCACAGUGCUGAUGUUCUGCAUCCCCUUCAUAGUGAUUCUCGGUUGCUAUGGGCUCAUCGUGAAAGCUUUGAUUUACAAAGAUUUGGACAAUUCUCCUCUCAGGAGAAAAUCGAUUUACCUGGUCAUUAUUGUGUUGACGGUCUUUGCAGUGUCUUACCUUCCCUUCCAUGUGAUGAAAACCUUAAAUCUAAGGGCCAGGGUGGAUUUUCAAACCCCAGAUAUGUGUGCCUUCAACGAUAAGGUUUAUGCCACUUACCAAGUGACAAGGGGCCUGGCCAGCCUCAACAGCUGCGUUGACCCCAUCCUUUACUUCCUGGCAGGUGACACCUUCCGAAGGCGGCUUUCCCGGGCCACCAGAAAAUCAUCCAGAAGGAGCGAACACAAUGUGCAGUCCAAAAGUGAGGAAAUGACUCUCAAUAUUUUAUCAGAGUAUAAACAGAAUGGAGAUACCAGUUUGUGAACAAAUGAAGAAGGUUUGGGAACAGUUUGAAAAAAUCCUCCGCUUUGAGGCAGUAGGAGACUGUAGGGCUUACAAGUGUGUGAGGAAAAUCUACCAAUCUCAAAUUUUUUUUAGAUAAAGCCUCAUUUUCUGGUCUUAGCAAAAGCUUAACAAAGUCAGCGGAAGAAUUUUAAUGGAAAAUAAUGUGUCAAAAUUCAGCUUUCCUUCAGUAGUUUCAUUUAUUUCUGACUUGUGUCAGAUAAAGUAAAAUGAAAUAAAUCCCCUAAAGGAGGAGAGCAAUCCAAGUGCAUCUGGUUUAAUGACUUAGUCUCCCACGUUUGAAAAUGUUCUCAGUCAGCCUGUCUUUAAAAAUAGGAAAUAAAAAUAAGAGCAGUGUCUUGUCUUCUGAGGCUCAGUCACAGACCAGGCUUUCUGCUCACUCGCUGUUGUACGCAAGGAUUUAAAUCAAAGUCAUGAUGCAGUUAUCAUUUUCAGUUCUAUUAUUUUUUCAUCUAGUGCUGAUAAUGACUUGAUAUUUCGGUGGCAUUUAUGGUUCAGUCCUCUUUCAGUGCCGGUGUUUUACUCGAGGUAGGCUUUACUGGUGUGUGCAUGGUUGUGUUUUAGGAUCGCGAUGGUUGUUCUUGGCAAGCCUGGCCCCCUCAGCGGCCAGGGCUCCCCGGUGCCCGGGCCCCUCAGCACCAGAGGCGUCCCCGGGCGCUGCCGGGCACGCGGGCGCUGCCGGCCGUGGGGAGCGGGGCCGUGCGGGGUCACGGCUCCGUGCGGGGUCGCGGCUCAGGGGGCCGAGGGCCCGGUCCUGUCCCCGUGCCCAGGGCAGUGGCGCGGUGCCAGCCGCAGGGACCGGCCCGGCGUGGUCUGGCUGGAGCCGCCCGGCCCAGGGGCCGCUGGCACCGCGCUGGCACCGGAGCUUGUGCGGAACCCGAGAUGGGUGUGCUGGGGACAGCUGAGCCUGGAGGCCAGCGGGGAACACGAGCUCCACAGACCUGCCCUUGGAGAACCACCAUGGUUCUGCUCUUGCAGGCUUUGCAGAUAACACAGGAGUCGUGUCCCAAGAACAGUGUCUAUUAAAAUGGAUAAUAUAAAUGGAUUAUAUAUAUAUAAUAUAUAUAACAGUAAUGGGGGAAAAUAAUUUUUUUGUACUUUGACAAAAGUAUUAAAAAGAUGUUGCUAUAUACUACAGGCUAAAUCUGGCCCUUUACUAUAGGCCUUCUCCAAGUGUGAAAUAGUUCAUCCAAAAUUAGCCAAACUGCAACAUUGUGUAACACAAGAGCUAGUGUUCAGGCACAGAUGAAAUUCUACAUGGGCAGUCUCAUUCGUUUCUCAUAUUUUUAAUAAAUGUAUUUGAAAAUAUUUUGUGCUAAAAGCAGUAAAAAAGCAUGCUCUGAGUUAUGAAUUUCAGUGUACAAAAUUAAGUUCGAUGUAAUCCUAAGGGUGAUUUUUAACAGAUCUUUGUUCCUCUGGUCUGCAUCACAAGAGUAAAAUAUUUAUAUUUUACUUACCAAUUUCCAGUGAUUGGUUACAAAUGAGAGUAGCUCUAGUUAUUUUUUGACAACAUUGUUAAGCAGCUUCUGUUCACAUGUACGGCUUCCUCUGCAGAGUCCCUAUUUAUUGAACUUAUUUAUUAGAAUGCUAAAUGUAAAGUUUGUAAAGUGUGGUUCUCUGUGGUCAUAUUCAGAAUUGGGCAUUAAUGGAAAAUUGAAGAGCAUGUUUCAAUCACUGUAAUACUGUGUCUUCUAACAGAACAUCUUUAUAAUAAACUCAA